AUGGAACACUGGCCUUGGAGGUCAGUUUCGCUACAGCCCGUAAGUUCGAGGGAGUCCACGUGUUCGCUGUUUUUCUCAUCUGAUGCAGAACAUCCAUGUUACAGCCCUAUGACCAUCAACGGCACCCCGUCAUCUGGUUUUCAAACAGGAAUGCCUGACACUGAGACCCCAGGGCCUGAACUCCAUCUGCCUGCUGAGUUCUUCUCUCCACAUCAGUUACUUCAGACUCACUGGAACCUGUCUGAGUACAUAAAUCUUCUCCACCAACUGUGGCAUGUGGCCAACAACAGUAAUGCGUCUGUGACUCUGGAGGGCAAGCAAUGCCCAGUGCUGCAUGUGGGCCAGUACUCCACCCUCUCUCUUCCCUUAGGACAAGUGUUCGGAUACAGGUUUGAGGAUGAGUUCAGCUUGCUCUUGCACUUGCGUAGCGCCCAGCGUGAUGACCGCAGCGUGUUGACCUUCCUGAGCCUGGACAGUCACAUCCUACUGCAGAUACGCAUUAGCGCAUAUACCUUCACCUUCAUAGCCACACAGCAACGUCACUAUGAGUUUCCUGUGGGUGUACUUUCAGAUGGCCAGUGGCAUCGUGUGGCAGUGAGCGUGUCGUCAGGGAGGUUGGCACUCUAUGUGGACUGCGCCAUGGUAGAGAGUGUAGACUGGGCCUACCAAGAUAUGGGCAUCACCACAGAUGGUUUAGUAAUGGUGGGGGGAAUCAUUGAGGGCUUCGAAACACCGUUUGAGGGUGAUAUUAGGCAGCUGACAUUCCUGAUGGGUGACCCUGAUGCUGCCAGAGAUCAAUGCAUUGUUUACCCACCUCAGUGUGGGGGUGUGGCCCUUAAAACCUCCCGCUCUCCACGUAUUCAUGCUCCAGAGGACCUGUUGCUAUCUUCAAAUGACCUGGAGGACCUGUUCGGUACCUCAGAGGGCUCACACAUCGACAGAGCAUUGACUGCUCUCAGGGGAGUCGGUACCUCUCGUGGUGAUGGGACUCUUCCCACAGGUUCAGAGCGUCAAGGCUCUGUGGGCAGAGGGGAUGUGUUUGUAGUAGACGAGGACACCGACUUAGCCGACCACAAUAUCCUGUCUAAGAACGGUGGCCCACCUCACAAAAUACAGCCAACACAGACAAAAGGCAGCAAGCCUGAAUCUACGUCCAAGAUCCUGGAUGAGAACAUCACAACAGACAAGAUCAAGACUGACUCCAGGAGCAGGACCAAGGAACCCUUUCCAAAAAAACCUGUAGAUAAUACCAUCGUUGACACGGAUAUUCGGACACCCUCUGUUUCUCAGAAAAAGCCCACCGAGGGGCCUCCUGACGGAAAAAGCUCACCGCAAACCCCGCUGGGACCAGAAGAUCCAGAGUCAAACCUUCUUGCAGAAGAGAAAGAUUACCUUACAUCCACUCGUGCUCCUCCUCGCAGUAGCACUGUCCAUAUAUUUACACAAAGGAAGGGAACACCUCACAGUGGCACUAAUGUCCCAACAAGAACAGGUGCGGAGCACCCACGUACCGUGGUACUCACACCCAGAGACGGAGACAUUGUAACUGGGUCCGAUGGUAGAAUGUAUCGGCUUCGCAGAGGACCCCCAGGGCCAAUGGGACCCCCUGGAGAACCAGGUUGUCCUGGGAAUGAAGGCUAUCCUGGAUUUAAAGGUGACAAGGGCUCUUUAGGGCCAGAGGGGCGCCCAGGUUGGCAAGGAGAUUCAGGACCACCUGGACCACCUGGGUUGCCCAGCCUUUACCUGUGGAGGAACACAGAAGAGGAAUGGGCUGCCUUUAGGAAAUCCUCAUUCUUCCAACUGCUACUUUUGGGUUGGCCUAGGCAGCAGGGUCCUCCUGGACCAGAGGGGCCAAUGGGGAAACAAGGCCCACAGGGGCCACCAGGGGAACCAGGUGUGCGAGGCCUUCCAGGUCGCAUGGGAGACAUGGGUGACCCAGGCCCAAAGGGUGUGGCUGGCAGGGCAGGGAAAAAUGGCAAAGAUGCUGAGAAUGGGCUGGAUGGGCAGCAGGGACCCACAGGUGUACCUGGGCCACCGGGACCACUCGGUUAUAGAGGGGAACCAGGUUCACCAGGCGAGAAAGGAGAUGAGGGUCUGAUAGGAACAGAGGGGCCAGUUGGUGACAUCGGGGACCCUGGAGAGAAAGGAUUCAAAGGAGCACCUGGACAGCGUGGUCCAGCUGGACCUCCAGGACCACAAGGCAACAGAGGGAUAGAAGGCCUUGAAGGGCCUCUGGGUCCAGAUGGAGAAGAUGGGUUGGAUGGCCCAUCAGGUCCUCCAGGUGUACCAGGACCCCCAGGUCUAACAGGUAUGGUUGGAGCUCAGGGAGUGAAUGGUUCUCAGGGAGAGUUGGGGCCAGCUGGAGCUGUUGGCCCUCCAGGGCCACAGGGGCCUCAAGGAUUACAGGGGCAGAGGGGGCCUCCAGGGCCCAGGGGUCCACAGGGUGAGAUGGGCAAGGAGGGCCUGCCAGGUCCAAAAGGUGAUCCUGGGCCUGUGGGUCCAGGUGGCCUUAGAGGGGAGCCAGGAUUUGAGGGCCCUGCAGGUGCAUUAGGAACACAGGGUCCAAAGGGGUUUGCUGGUGCCACUGGGAAAAGAGGAGCAGAUGGAGAGAAGGGGGACACUGGACCGAAAGGAGACAAAGGUGCCCAGGGUGCAGCUGGGAUACAGGGUUCACAGGGGGAGCAGGGACCAAGUGGCCUUCCUGGUUUUCCUGGGGUCAAAGGUCAGCCUGGCACAAAGGGUAUUCAGGGAGAAGAUGGAGAAUCUGGACCACAGGGAAAACUGGGAAGAGAGGGACCAAAGGGGAGUAGGGGUCCAGAUGGUCGAAGUGGAAAACCUGGACCAAGAGGGCCAAAGGGUCGAACGGGACAACGUGGUCAUUCUGGCAUGCCUGGACCAGUGGGUUUGCCAGGCCUACCUGGGAUAGAGGGAGCUGAAGGAAAGCCUGGUACACAGGGCCCCCAAGGAGCGGUGGGUAAUGCAGGCCUGAAAGGCCCGACAGGAUUCCAGGGGAUUUCUGGAGAAGUUGGGCCAGAGGGACCCCCAGGGCCACCAGGUCCACCUGGACAGGAAGGCCCAAUGGGCAGCCCUGGUCCACCAGGGGAGAGGGGUUUUACAGGGAAACCAGGAACGGAGGGGCCUCAGGGCCCUGUAGGCAUGUAUGGUUUCCCUGGAAGUUUGGGAAUGCGUGGACGGCCUGGACACAUGGGAGAGCGGGGAGAAGCUGGCCUAAGAGGUUUACCAGGGCCUCCUGGGAAGCCAGGACCUCCAGGUCUGGUUGGAUCAGUUGGGGAACGAGGUCCUCCAGGACCCCAGGGUCGACAAGGAGACCAAGGACCCCAAGGCUUCCCAGGAGCUGUGGGACCUACCGGACUCCCAGGUUUAGAUGGAGUGAUGGGGAAACCUGGACCACGAGGCAGUAAAGGGCCUCCAGGGCCCCAAGGCCCAAGCAGGCCACCAGGAAUUCAAGGCCUACAAGGUGAGGAAGGACUGUUAGGACCACGAGGAGAGAAAGGAGAGAAGGGAGCACUGGGGCCCCCUGGUGACCCUGGUCCAUCUGGACUGGAAGGACAGCAGGGUGAUCCUGGUCCAUCGGGAGUGGAGGGACCUCCAGGAAAGAAAGGAGAUCAGGGGGACCAGGGUUCCUGUGGAAAUCUUGGUCUUCAGGGAUCUAAAGGAGAGAUUGGCCCACCAGGCAUCAAAGGCUUGCCGGGGCCUCCAGGGCCAGUGGGUAAAGAGGGUGAUUUUGGUCCUCCUGGUGAAGCUGGCGACCCAGGACCUAAAGGUGCAAAGGGAGACAAUGGGCCCAGAGGUUUCACAGGCCUAGAGGGUCCGUGGGGAAAAUUGGGAGAGAAAGGAGAGAGAGGACCUAAAGGGGACAAAGGUCACAUUGGGCUGAUGGGUGAGCCAGGCCUCAUGGGUGGGAUUGGACCUCCAGGUCUUAGAGGUCUAGAGGGUCCCAUCGGCCCUCCGGGGCCUCUCGGGCCUGUUGGACCUCAGGGAGAGAAGGGUGCGAUGGGCCCUCGUGGCCCACCUGGUCUUCCAGGAGAUCCAGGGCCACAGGGAGAACCUGGACCAAAAGGGGUCAAAGGAGACACAGGGCAACCUGGACCACAGGGUGGUAUAGGGCCUCUUGGGCCAUCAGGAGAUACAGGGCCUAAAGGUCUACAAGGGCCUGACGGGGACAAAGGUGACAUGGGGGAGAAAGGACAACUGGGAGAAGAGGGGCCAGAGGGUCUGCCAGGAAUACAGGGACCCCCAGGACUCCCUGGUUUGGAGGGGACACAAGGAGAGGGUGGAACACCAGGAACACCAGGACCACCAGGAACUCCGGGCCGCAUGGGUAACCCAGGACCUGAGGGGAAGCAAGGCUUGAAAGGAGAGAAGGGAGAUGAUGGCAUCAAUGGAUCACCAGGAAAGACUGGUCCUGUUGGAAGGACGGGCAAAAGAGGCAAGGCUGGUGUUAGGGGCACAAGAGGACCAAGAGGAGAAAAGGGUGAGAAAGGACAGAAGGGAGAGAGAGGGCCUCUAGGCCGGGAGGGACCUAUGGGAUUCCUAGGGCCACGAGGAGAGCCUGGAGAGAAGGGUCUAAAAGGGGAACAGGGGGAGAAAGGUGACAUGGGGCCGUCUGGCCUUUCAGGACGAGCUGGCCUGAAGGGCAGUAUAGGUCUUGUUGGGCCUCCAGGACCACCUGGACCAAAGGGAGAUCAGGGGAAUAUCGGUCCAAGUGGGCCAAGAGGGACACCUGGAUUGCCUGGGCUGCCUGGUUUGUUUGGAGAAAAGGGUCUGAAAGGGUUUGAGGGUCCUCGUGGGAAAGCUGGAAAGAGAGGCCUUCCAGGGCCACCAGGCGCUCCAGGACCUCCAGGCCUCUCCGUGAACCUUACUAUUACCCAGCUCAAAGACCUCAUGUAUGUCUCAGACAAACCCAACUACUCACUGAUCCAAACCCUGCUGGACUCUCUGCUUCAUGACCUGAGGCUGUUUCUCGACCCACCUGACGGCAGCAAAGAGCAUCCAGCCACUACCUGCCUGGAGCUGUUACUGUGCCGACCCAACUACACCAGUGGAUUUUAUUACAUAGAUCCAAAUCAGGGGAGCUCUGCAGAUGCUCUCCUGGUCUACUGCAACUUCUCAGCUUCAGGAGCAAAAACCUGCUUAUAUCCCAGAGAUUCACAGCUUCCACUGAGACCCUGGCUGAAUGGCUCUGGAACAAAUACUACGUUCUACUGGCUCAGUUCCCUUGAGAGAGGCAGCAGGUUUGAGUACCCAGGACUUACUGUGGUGCAGGUGCGUUUCCUGAGGUUACACAGCAACAUUGCAGAGCAGAGAGUGACCUUCUCAUGCUACCCUGGAUAUAGGCUGGGCCACACAGAGAGAGAUGUCAAAUUUCUUGCAGACACAAUGAGGCAAAGCUAUCUAGGGACAUUAAAUGAUUGUGUGCCUGCAAAAGAAGUUGAUUCAGGGCCAAGAGAGUCUGUGUUCCAGUUUGAAGACCUUGAACUGCUCCCACUGCGAGACAUAGCAGUCUAUGGAAACAACAGCGUCUCACAGGAGUUUGGGUUUACCAUGGGACCGGUCUGUUUCAGCUAG